CCCAUCCUCCCACACUGGACUCCACUAACCUACCCUCCCCUUACUGGAGACUAACUCCACCCUCCCCUUCUAAAGUGGAUUCUCUACUUCUAUCAACCAUGCAGGAGAAAUUCGCCUAGAGCCCCCAAAACUUGGUGACGAAGAUACUCCACCGACCCCCCCAUAGAAUGUAUAUUGAUGUCACCCCCCCAUUCUGAUAAAGAGAAAGGUCAUGUAGUGUAUUGCUGGUGUAUGGACAGUGACACGGGUGACCUGUGUGCCCAUGUGUCCUACCGAUGACAAAAGCAUACCUCUGGACUACCCACAUGUUACAAUGGAAGAAGAUGGUAGCCCUGCAGAGAGACAAUCUGAUGUGACAAUCAGUACACCGGUUGCUCACCGUCCAUGUGGCUCUCCAUCUUCUCCUUCUGAGCCUGCCACAGAUGAAAAGCGACCAAAAGAUGGACUGCCUGCCCAUGUGCCUGUCAUCAGCUUGGGACAUAGCCGGGUGGCACUGCGGCCAGAACUCACUACUUUACGCCCCGUUCCCCCUCUAAUGCUGACACUUCCAGGGAUGCGGACACCAAUAUUUUCUCCACAGUUCCAUGCUCACCCCUAUCUAACCAGUCCUUUUAUCUGUGCCUCGAGUCUGAUUCCCCUCUUUUCUGGGAGAUUUAAGAGGAGAAGUCAUACUGAAGUCGUGGAGCCGCCAUUCUUAGUCAGGCAGCCGCAGAAAGUCGCCCGCCGUGUCUUCACAAACAGCCGCGAGCGUUGGAGGCAGCAGAACGUCAAUGGGGCCUUUGCUGAGCUACGGAAGCUUAUUCCCACACACCCUCCUGAUAAAAAGCUGAGCAAGAAUGAGAUCCUCCGCCUGGCCAUGCGAUACAUCACCUUCCUGGUUACUUUGCUGAGCGACCAGCACAACCAAACCUCCAAAGCAGCUUCCACCAAGAUGAGAUACCCAAAGACUGUCUGUGACCGUGCCCAGAAAAGUCUCAGCCCUGAGGAUAACCUCCAAGAAAAGCAGAAAGCCAAAGAGUUCCACGGAAUUGUGUCCCCGUCGUCUGGCAGUUGUGGGGACAGUGUAGAGACUGAAGAAGAUGAAGUGGACAGAGAAAGUGUUUCAUCUUCAAGAAGCAUGAAUAUGAUAAUAAUCACACCCGAGGUGGGAGGAAGUCGGUGAGGGUUGGGGAAUGAAGGAGAGUGGACUUCAUCUCCUUCACAACUUUUGUUGAUGGACAUGUUCCUAAUUUUUUUCCCCAUAAUUAGACAAUAGUAGACUUUACUAAAGUGUAGGUCAAUCAUCUAAGGCAGGGGUGUCCAAACUUUUUUCAAAGAGGGCCAGAUUUGAUGAAGUGAACAUGCAUGAGGGCCGACCAU